GUACUCCGAGCAAUGCCCGCCCCUCGACUCAUCCGACCAUCCACUUCGCCAUACGGUGCCCCAGUGCUCUGCACACCGAAACCGGAUAGAAGCCUGCGCAUGUGCAUCGAUGACCGAGCUCUUAACAAGCAAACCAUCAAGAAUAAAUAUCCGAUACCACGAAUCGAUGACAUGCUUGAUCAGCUUUGGGGAGCUACGGUAUUUUCUAAACUGGAUCUGCGGUCCGGAUACUGGCAGAUACAGAUGGCGGACAAUUCUAUCCACAAAACUGCUUUCCGAACUCGGUAUGGAUCGUACGAGUAUUUGGUAAUGCCGUUCGGACUCACCAACGCACCGGCAACGUUCCAAGCCGAAAUGAACCACAUUCUACGACCACUUUUGGACGAGUGCGUGGUGGUGUACCUGGAUGACAUCCUUAUCUACUCGCGCGACAUGAAGCAGCACGUCGAACACCUACAACGCGUCUUCGAGAUUCUUCGACGGGAACGGUUCUACGUCAAACUGUCCAAGAGCAAAUUCGCCCUUGAGAAGGUCCAGUUCCUAGGACACAUGGUGAGCGCUCAAGGAGUUCACUGGGACAGUGACAUCGCGUACCGGAAAGGAUCAACGAAAAUUGGGGUACCAAAUUACCCUCCUUUGCGCCAAUUACUACUCAAAGAAUACCACGACGUCCUCUACGCCGGACACUUCGGUAGCAACAAGACGCUCACCGGUAUUGCAAAGCACUACUACUGGCCCCACUUGACAGAAGAUGUUCAGAAAUUUGUCACCUCAUGUGAUACAUGUCAACGGAUCAAGAGCAGCAAGCAGAAGAAGGCGGGACUACUGCAGCCUCUUCCUGUCCGAGAAGAACCAUGGCAAGUGGUUAGCCUAGAUUUCAUCACCGGGUUACCGCCUACCACCAGCGGUCAUGACGCAAUCCUUGUCGUCAUCGACAAGUUCUCCCAAAAUGGGACACUUCAUCCCAACACACACGACAGCACGCACCAAAGAAACAGCACAACUCUUCGAGCCUCGACUUGAGGGUAGAGCGAAUCACAUCCAGCUG